CAGUUUUUUGGAAUGAUUCGAGCCAUCGAUUAGCCUCCUUUUUUGCUUCUGAAUCCUGAGCUGAAUAGAGUGAAUUCAAGGCCUCGGUGACUCGGGGCACUACAGGGUAAGCCAUGGUGAAAAGUAAAAAUAUGGGCACAGCUGGGUCAAGUGGCGAAGAGUUGGUCGGUACCAAAUUUACAAGUUUAAGUUGUGACGUCGUAUAGUGACUAGAAGCUUUCAGCGAUGUCCAACACUAAUGGGCAAGCUACUGCCAUUACGGAAGGGGCAGAUGAUGUACAACACUCCUCCGAAACAACCAAAUCUUUAGGCGAAAGAACACUGACCGAUAUGCAAAUGGAAGAAGAUAACGAUCAGGGCGAAAACGUGAGCAAUGGCAGUCCUACUACAUCCAUCAAUCAUGAACUCAUCGCCAUCUCCGAAACGGAUAUGCUCAACUGUCCUUGGAAUAAUCUGAAGCACAUUGCAAAGAUGAGAAUUUUAGAGAUCACCGGGCAAAAUAUUUUAGGCGUUGAAAGCAACACCGAACUUAAGCAAGAGAGCGAAACCCUGACAGCAAGAAUUAUAGAUAUUAUUGACAAUAUGGAAGAACCACCAUUUACGAUACAGCGAUUUGCAGAACUACUAGUCAGUCCGACACGACAUUAUACAUCACGAGUGAAGUACCUGAGAGCAGUUGAGAAAGUAAUAUUGAUAACAUCCACUGUGAACGAAUUUUCUAUUUCUGUUGAUGAAUCACAAACGUCCAACGGUAGUAGUGAUUUAUUUCCACCAGAAAAAGCGAGCAUGAAUAAUGUCAACGGGCAACCUGGUCAUCUCACGGACGCUACCAUCAAUAUUGUUACCCUUCCUACCAAAGAGCCGCUUCAUUUCCGACAUGACCAUAGCUCUCACGAAUAUCAGCAAGAGCUACAACACCAUAUGAGUAGUACAGCAUCGGCUGUUUCAACCGCCAACUCCGAUAGCGUUAACCGAGAGAUGGAUGCAAUGAAUGCCCACAUGGAGGAAGAUGCUGAAUCCGCCGACACUGCUCACGUUGUUUCGGAUAUAGUUGAUGUAGGUGAUAUGACGGCAACAGACAAAGAAAAAGCAACACACGUAGAAGAUACAGAAAAGGCUGCCGAUAGUGUGGUAGAGAGCGGUGGAGACUCCAUGGAUACAACAGUGUAAAUAAAAGGAUUGAAAGUAAUCAGACCCCAAAGAUAUAUUUUGCAGAUAUUGCUGGUUUUUAUCAGAUAGAUAUUCGUUGGUAUACACUUGAAAAAACAACACCUCAAUCUAUACAGCCCCUAACGUCUAAAUCAAA